UGCAGAUCUCUGACGAGGAGGAGCCUGCCCAGCCUGAGCCUGAUGAGCCUUCCCAGCCCGAUGAGCUUAGGGAGUCUGAGUCAAGAGCCGCCAGGCCAUCCAGCUCUGCGAAGCCUGUGUCAGAGCCUCAAUCCACCCCCACCGAGGAACCCAUCAACUAUGAGCCCGUAUUGGAGGGCAAGGGCUGUGCCUCGGCCCUUCGCAACAUAAAGUUCCCCGACUCCAUCGAGCAGUACCUGGCAGAGUACCAGGCCCACCAAGCAGGGGCGGCCAGCACCGGCAGGGCCAGAGAGACAGCCCUCUCCAAAGUGUCCAGGGUGAGGUCUUUCCUCUACUUUAUCACCCACAGGAAGAAGGACCUCUGGAACUGGCUGUUCCUGGACAACCCUGGGGAAAUCAGGCGGUGGGUGGAAAAGCUCCAGGCGGGGAACAGGGCGGUAACCACCAGUUCCUCAAAUAGUCCAAGAAACCAAGCCUAAGCUCUGCCGCCUGUCCCAGAUGCAGGUCAUGGGGGUGCUCAGGGUAAUCGACAAGGCCGUCCAGGACCUCCGGAAGAAGGUUAUCCUGCACCAGAUAAAGGUGAAGAGGGUCAAGAUGGCCAGUGUGGUCUCCCCGGCCAACCUCAAGACCUGCAGAGACUUUUCCAAGAAAAAGAUCCCCAAGCUACUCAAAGCCUGACGUCGAGCCUCCCCAGCCCAGACGGCUCUGAGGAGGAGGAGCCUGAGCCUCAGCCUGGGCCGUCCGGGUUGUCGGCAAAGACGCCCACGUCAGCCGCCGCCAACGUCUGCCAGCCGCCGCUAUGACAGAGACAGAAUUCGAGGAUGUCUCGAAGGUGUCAAGGGUGAGGUCGCUCCUGUUCUUCCUGGCUCAAAGGAAGAAAGAGCUAUGGAGCUGGCUGUUUCUCGACAACCCGGGGGGCGUGAGGCACUGGGUGGAGAAACUGCAGGAGGGGAAUAGAGCCGUCACGACGGCCAACUUCUACCUGCAAAACGGGCAGCAAUUCCUGAAGAAUUUCAAAGAUACUAAGCCAAAUCUGUGCCGACUCAGCCACACCCAGAUCGUGGGGGUAGUCAGAGGGGUGGACAAGGCCCUCCGCGAUUUGUGGAAGAAAGUGGUCCUCCACCAGAUACAGGUCAAGAGAGUGAAAAUGGCAAGGGUGGUCUCCCCGGCCAAUCUCAAAGCCUGCCGGGAACAGGCCAGGAAGAAGAUACCCAAGCUUCUGAAAGCCCUCGCCGAGGACAACUGCAUAGGCAACAGGCAGUGCUUCUACGGCUACUUCGCGGCAUGGGUGGUGAGCCUUUACGGGCACCGGCCCGGUGUCAUCACAAACAUGCUCCUGGACCAGGUGGCCGAGGCGGAGAAGCUGGGCUGCGUCGAGGAGGGCUACAUCGUCAAUGUGGACGACCACAAGACGGCGCGGUCCUUCGGCGCAGCCCAGCUCUUCCUCUGGCCUGAGGAGUUCAAGUGGCUGCGGGACUGGGUGGCCAUGAGGGGGACGGCCCAUCCCCAACCUCGAAAGGACAACAAGCUGGUGUUCUUUACUUCUGGCAGGGGUCCUUCAAACACAGCUAACUUCUCCUGGCCUGGGGGGAGAUGGGUCUACCGGGGAGGCCCAUCUUCGCGGAUAUCAGGAUGGCAGUGUCCAGUUACGCCAAGAGGGUGCACGGGUCCAGGGUGAGGAACAUCAAUAACGACGUACAUGUGUCACGACGACAAAACCACGGACAAAUUUUACACCCUCUCCCUCAACGCAGCCGAGUCAAGAGGGUGCACGGGUCCAGGGUGCUCAACGCAGCCGAGUCAAGAGGGUGCACGGGUCCAGGGUGCUCAACGCAGCCGAGUCAAGAGGGUGCACGUCAAGGCUAAUAAGGGAGAGGAAGAGGAAGACAAGGAACCGCCGUGGCAGCAGCUCCAGGAGAAGUUUGUUGUUAUUUGUUCUGUGUUUUAGUAUAGUUUGUUGUUGUUUGUUCUGUGUUUUAGUAUAGUUUGUUGUUG